AUGACGUCACGAAAUUACUUACUCACCAUCACUUGUGUCGGUCUUCAUUACCAUAGUUUUGAAGCAAACGACAAAUAUGGUCUCAUAGUAUCAACUGGUACCUUUUGCGGUUUUCUUAUCAUACUCAUCGGUGUUUACGCCGGAUAUUUAUUUUCAAUGCCUAUAAGCAAAAGAAUAGAUGCUUUCUACAGCAUUUGCGGUUGUGCACUUUUUGUCGCAUCAGGAGCUCUUUCCAUUGAUCAUUUUCAACAUAAAAAAUAUGAUAAGGAAUUAUCUGAUAUCGGUCUUGCCAAGGGUUCUCUUGCCGUUAUUAACGGUUUGGUAUUCCUCGUCGAUGCCAUCGUCAACCGGAAAGCUUUAAAUUGGGGAGUUUUCCCAUACGGUUUUUUGUUUUUUAUUACAAUUUUAACGAGAGACACGGAAAUGUUGUAA